UCCUUAUUAAUUUAAUAUUUUCAAGAUGGAAUUUUCAUCAACAAUAGGAUUGUCCCAAUAUUUGAAAUACAAAAAUGUGUGAUAAAUUAUAAAGGGGAAAUAUGGCAAGGGACGGUGAUCUCCCUACAAUAUUUAAUCCGAAACGAGUUCGCGCGCCUUCGGUGAUAAUUACCAGCGAGGAAGUGGAAUCGGAGCAGGGAGGCAGUGGUGAUGUCGAGAGAGCAAAUGGACCACCGACUCCUCUCAGUCCGCGGGCCCCUCUUACACCACAGACUUCGAUAUCAUCAGCUCCGCCCUUGACCACUCAACCUUCUCUUCAGCAAGCCUACAGCGAGUCAGCUACGAGCAGUCAAGACGAAGAGCGGCAAUUACGUGAUAAAAGAUGCCCACGAUGUUGUUCAAAAUUUGCAAAAAAGAUAUACUAUGGGCUUUGUGUGACUUUAAUACUAGUAGUAUCAUGGGUUGUGGCAACUCACUGUAUAAAACACAUGUACAUGCAGGAGUAUCCACUGGAUCAUGACGCACCGCAGAGCGCAGACCCAUCCACAUAUAACUUUACAUCUAAAAUUCCAACAAAUUUGUACAACGCACCAUUCUUCACGGCGUGGUUCUGCACAAACUGGCUGAUCCUGUUCUACCCGCUCUAUCUGAUUGUAAUGCUCAUACACAACAAGUGCAAAUCGGCUCACGACAUCGUAUUCGAUGCUUUUAGUGACUUCAAAGAAAAGGGAUUUACAUUUGCCCGUUUCCUGAGCCGCUGCGCCCUGUUCUGCCUGCUGUGGGUGCUCAGUGUGUACAUGUAUACAUAUGCACUGCGGAUACUGCUCGCAACAGAUGUGGUGGCACUUUUCGCUACCAACGUCUCCUGCAUCUACCUUCUCUCCUGGGUGAUACUCCAUGAGCAAUUCGUCGGCGUGAGGAUAGUGGCGGCUAUCCUGUGUGACACGGGCAUCGCGCUGCUUGCCUACAUGGACGGUAUCACAGGAAGCUCCACACUGGGUGGUGUCGUGCUCGCCGCAUGCGCAGCCGCCGGAUUCGCUAUAUUCAAGGUGCUGUUUAGAAAGGUGAUGGGUGAGGUGAACUCGGGACAGCGCGCUCUGUUCUUCUCUAUCGUGGGCAGCGUGAACGCGCUACUGCUGUGGCCUGUGUGCCUGGCGCUGUAUCUGACGGGCUCGGAGCUGCUGCCAGCACACCGCAUGCCCUGGCUGCAUCUCCUGCUGGCCAGCGUCGCACUGCUAGUAUUCCAUUUGGUAUUUCAAUUCGGCAACAUCAUGACGUACAAUAUAUUCGUCUCGCUCGGUCUCAUCACUGCCGUACCUGUUUCUGCUGGUGAGUCUAGACUCUUGUCUCCGUUUAUGUCUAAGAUAAUAAGUGGGAUGACAAUAUGUUUUGUGCCAGCGCUGGACGUGGUGAUGUACGGGGCGCAGUUCGCUGGCAUGAAGCUGGCGGGCAUCAUUCUGAUCGCGGUCGGCUUCUUCCUCGUCAUGUUUCCAGAUAAUUGGCCUGACUAUAUCAUGCGUCUGCUCAGAUGGAGUCGUCGUCGUCAGAGACAGCCGGGGUCGGGACGUAACAGAGACGCGAUGGACUACCGCACCGGCUACAUCCGCUCUCAUCUGCGCUCCCCCUCCGGCCGCGUCAGGUGACCGCCCUCCUCCCCCUC